AUGAGUUAAGCCGAAUUAGAAGAUGUCCAGCAAGAUGCUGACUUCGAUGAAUUGUGCAGCAAAAAUCAAUUAGUGCAGGUUAAAGGUACAAAAUCAACAUUCAGAUUUUUCACUGAUAGUGCUAUAUGUAUGGCAACAUAAGCUUCUGCAUUCUAAUGGUCAUUUUAAGAGAGUACAUCUUACUGGGAGCUGAACUCUAUUUAAAACUCUCUGUUUGGGGCCAAAGUUUAUAAAUGCAAUACAGUCUGGUGGUUCAAUCCUAAUUGGAUUGUAGAAAAAAUUCCACCAGGUGUCUAUCAUAUUUACAUAAGACAUGGAAAUACUGAAGUUUGGUCAGGAGAAUUCAAACUUUAUCAUUCCGAAGGCAUUAAUCGUCAAGAAGCUGCUUUUCAUGCAACUAAAGCAUUCAAAGAAGACAUUAAUUUCGGUUAAAAUUACAAUUAAGUUUUAAAUUCAUACGUAGCGACUUUAGAUCUUUCAGAGAGUGAGGGACUCUCGUGCAUUGGAAUGGAAAUAUUUUCAUAAUAAAACUGUAUUCAAAACUAUUUGAUUGAAGGAUCAAUUCUUGUCCCAGCUACUGAUCUGGAAAAUCCACCCAGUUUUUAUUUUCCUUUGAAAAUAGACAAUAACUUACAACUAGAUUACUCAAGAAAAGUUAAAGAAAUGGAAGUGAUAAGGCCAAGAAAAGUAAGAGAUGAAGCAUUGGAAUAAAAACUAGAUAAAGAAGAUGAUGAAUGGUAUCGUAAGGAACACAUUUCUAGAAGAAGGUAAUAAAUUGAAGAACAAAAAUUGAAUGGAACUUAUGUUGAGAACUAAGAAAAGUUUGAAAAUUUGGAAUAAGAAGAAGAUACUGAAGCUGAGAAAAGAAUAAAAAAGGCCUUUGUUGAAAUCUGGGAUAAAUAUGAUACCAAUCUAAAUGGAUAUCUUGAGUAUCCUGAGUUUAGAGAGUACACAAUAGAUAUCCAUAAAUUAAUCAAUGCUCCCAUUGACGAGCAAAAGAUAAUGCAAUAUUUUUUGCGUUCCGACCAUGAAAAUAGAAAGAAACUGAGCUAAAGAAAUAUUCAAUGGCUGAUUGAGUAGAUCGUUGAAUUACUUAAAUAGUAAGAGGCGAAACAAAAAGAGUGUCUGGAAAUUGGAGACUACUAAGAGCUCACAGCUAUGUUAUUGAAUAGAUAUAACUAGAUUUAAGGCAUCAAAGGUAAGGUUACUGGAGAAACUGAAGGCAACACUCAUGAAGAUGCAGACAAUAUUCUUAGCUCUUAAAGUAAAUGGUGUAUUACUGGUGCCUCAAAUGCUACAGCUAUUAUCAAUCUAGAUGAGGAAAUAUCGUUUAAUUGUUUAGGAUUGUUAAGUGCAAACGAUUGCCCUUACAGAGAUCCUGUUACUUUUGAGUUCUGGAUCUAUGAAAGUAAGAAGAAAGAAGAUGGUGAGGGUUCUGAUGAAAACUCUGAUGAAGAAUCUGAUGAUAAUAAUGAGAAAAACUUCAAGAGCUUAAUUAAAAUUGAAAAUCUUAAGUUUACGGAUAGAUAUUAGCCAAGGUUAUUUGAGCUAAGUGAUAAGGAACCUAUUAAAGGCAGUAAAUUCAAGCUUUACAUAGAAUCAAAUAGUUCAGAGCUGCAACUUAGCUAGAUUAUGUUCUAUUGA